AGCUGGUUAUCUAUCUUCCAACAGAGUUCCGUGAUUCAUUGCUCUUCUCCACCAGACAUUCUCUGGCUCAGAUUCUUCGCCAUGAAAAUGUAAAGAAGAAACAUAGACGAGCUCUAAACAUCCAAGCAGCCAUGGCUUUUCUUCUUCCUAAUCUAUCUCCAUCAUUCCUUCUUCAAACCGGAAAAUCCUCAAACCUUAAACCCAUUUUCAGUCAAUCUCUAUCGCCGUCGUCUUCCUCUUCAUCAUCUAUUAGCUACGAAUUUGAGGAAGAUAAUCUCUCUGCACUCUCUCUUUCUAGCGUCCAGUCUCCUCCUCUUCGAGAUGCGCAGGUUAAGACAAGACCCACUGCGCAAGAUAAGCAUAAACACGACAGAGAUGAGUUCUAUAUCAAUCUCGGUGUCGCUGUCCGUACGCUUCGUGAAGAUUUGCCUUUGCUCUUCACUAAAGAUCUAAACUACGACAUCUACAGGGAUGAUGUAACAUUUGUGGAUCCGAUGAACACAUUCACUGGUAUUGAGAACUACAAAUUGAUCUUCUGGGCACUCAGAUUUCAUGGGAAGAUACUGUUCAGAGAUAUCUCACUUGAGAUCUUCAGGGUUUGGCAACCAUCAGAGAACAUGAUUCUGAUCAGGUGGAAUCUCAAGGGUGUGCCUAGAGUUCCAUGGGAAGCUAAAGGAGAGUUUCAAGGCACUUCUCGGUAUAAACUCGACCGUAAUGGCAAGAUCUACGAGCAUAAAGUCGAUAACUUGGCCUUCAAUUUCCCUCAUCAGCUCAAACCCGCUGCUUCGGUUUUGGAUUUGGUUACUGCUUCAGCUUCCCCUGCAAGUAGUCCCAAUCCAACAUUCUUUUUGGGUCCUGUUGGCUCGUAUUCAUCUUCAUGGAUUGAGUUCUAUCAAGCAGUGAGACGUACAUUGGACCAGACAGAGGAUAUGCUUGUGACAGACAGUCUAGUCACAUGCUCAUAGUGCAAGUAUAGUUGCUAUACACAUACUCAAGGACACACUUUGCAGGUGUAUAUAGGUUUUUAUAUUUAAAGGUUACAUAUAUAUAUAUAUAUGAGUAGAUCUUGUUGACUUUAAGCUUCUGAGAAUUUAAGUGUAAUGUUGUUCCAGAAGCUUUAUACAACUUUGUCAAUACAUUAAAGUUUUGUCUUUAUGAUCAUGUUAAUAUUA